UGAAGAAUGAAAUAAAAUGGGUUGGUUUGGAUUGUGGGAAAUUAGGGAUUGAUGAAGUUUUGGGGUGUGAAGUUUGAUGGAAUUGUUGUUGGUGUUAAUUGUAGGAUUGUUGCUAAUAGGGAAUCUGCUGCUAGAUCGAAGGAGAGGAAAAAUCGUUAUGUAAGUGAGAUGGAAAAGAAGCUGCAAGAUCUUCAGAUGCAAUCAGCCAACCUCUCUCAACGUCUUCUCAUCCUAAAGAAAGACACUGUAGAUUUGACUACUUUGCAAGAGCAGCUCAAGACGAACUUACAGAACAUGGGACAACAAUCUCAAAUUCAAUUUGAUCUGGACCAAACGAUAAAGGAAGAAUUGAAUUUCCUUAGGAAGCAAACUCUCCAAAAUGCUGCUGUCAUUGCUAAUCAUUCUUCUGAUGGAGUAGGUAUGCAUCAGGUUCCUAAUCCCCCACCGCAGCUGCAGACCCCUCAGCAACCACCACAGCUUUUCCCGCUGCCGCCGCCACCUCCUCUUCCUCCAUCUGGUCAAGAUUUCAGUGGUCAUUUUGGUUAUAGAGGAUAUCUACAAUCACAGGAACUAGCUGGCAAUAGCAACGGAAAAUGAUUGGUAAUGGAGGAUAUCUAAUCAUCACAAGUACUGCCAUCUAUACAUACAUGCAUUAUGCCUAUAUGUGUAAUGGGUGCAUGAGGCUUGUGAAUGAUAUCAAUGUGCAGUUUAGUGUUGUUGGUGGUGGUUUUCUUGUUAGUUGUUGUUCAAUUUUAGACUGCAAGCCUGCGACUAUAGCAUAUUAAUCUCAUGCAUUUUCGGCAUUUCUAUGUUGAAACAAUACUAUGUUUUUCUAUGUUGAAACCAGACUAUGUUUUAUAUAUGUUCUAAUCUUGGAUGGAAACUUUCUCAGAUGAAGAUGUAGGAGGACAAAUUUAUGAUAAUACAUUGGGUGGGUAGCUAUAAACAAUCGUGUGUAGUUCUUGCAAUGUAGCAGUAGCAGCACCCUUCUUCGGUC